UAGUUCCAGGAAACUUCGACUUUGAGUAUGCUGCUUUAAGUAGUGUUUUCCUUUUGAGGAAACAAUGGCUGACGCGUUUGCGCGGGGGAUUGCGAAAGUGGCGAUUGCCCAGAUAUGUCAGACACAUGGUUUUACAGGAAUUCAGCGGUCUGCAGCCGACGCCCUUGUAGAUAUGCUUGUUCGGUAUUUGAGAGAAAUAGGUAUUGGUUCCAAGUCGUAUGCGGAGCUUGCAGGCAGGAUAGAAUGUAAUCUCAAUGAUGUGCUUUUGGCGUUUUCGGACGUAGGCGCAUCUGUUCCAGAUGUCAUGCGAUACGUGGAGUGGGCAGAUGAGGUGCCGUUUCCCCGGUCCCUACCACGGUUUCCAGUCAAGAAGAAGAGAAGGAACUUUGCACCUACCUUCUCGGACAAAGGCCAGAAGCCUCCUAGUGACGAUGUGAGUGAUUGGAUGCCUGUGUUUCCUGAGAGGCACACGUACAUGUCAACGCCUGUCUAUGAUGAGCUUGUAACUGACCCUCGGGCGACAAAGAUAGAGCUAGGGAAGGAGAAGAGGAGAGCAGAACGAGCACUGAUCUCGCUGCAUAGACGUCUAGAUGCGCAGAAGGGAGGGGGAUCUUCAUCAGCAGCAGGAGCAGGAGCAGGAGCAGGAGCAGCAGCAGCGGGUCUCGGUGUGGACUUGCCUGGCUGUCAAGACCCGCAAUUAGCGGAAGAGCAGGCGUCUGUUCUGAUGGAUAUGCUAGGAGCAGGGAGCAGAAAGAGCUCUUUGCUAGCCCCCCCUCCUUCAGCGCCAUCUGCGAAUCCAUUCCUCGCCCCCCCUCGUGCUGCAGGAGAGAGGGAGAGGUCUCCUCCCUUGCCGCCGCUUAGAUCCAGAUUUCCUCCAGAUCCCGAUGGCCCUGCCGCGGCUCCUCUCGGAAAGCCGCCACCUGCACCGACGUCGGCACUGGAGGCAUUUUCAUCCUUACUCCGAACUGCGACCAAGAAGGAUGACUGUAUGAGGAUGGAAAUCGAUGGCAUUGGUUGUGAAAUGAGAGAAGGAAAGGGGUUCGCGACGGAAGACAAGGGGGGGGCUGGGAAGGAGGAUCGAGGACGAGAAGGUGCGGGUGGUUCUGCACAAGGAACUGGAAGUGACGGGUUUCUGCCGCUUGUUAGAGAUAGGACGCCGGUGCUCCUGUCCUUCGACUUCAGAAGUGAUCUGCACAGAAAGAAAAGAACUCCGUUGAGAACAUCGACAGCAAUGGAGGCAAAGAAAUCGGGGGGAAAAGACAAGGAGGAGAGGAAAGAGAAAGAGAGGGAGAAAGAAAAAGGGCGCGGGACUGGAAUCCAAGGUGCAGAUGGCGAUGAGAAGAGGAGGAGGGCAGAGGCCAUUCUCGCCCAGGCGGAAACUGAGAAAGCAGAUAACGAUGACGAGGCCAGGGGCAUGUCCUUGCAACUUCCCUUGAUAGACUAGUGGCUAGAAUCACCAUGCAUGGACUGGGAAUGUCUUUUUUUUUUCUUUUUUUUCUUUUUUUGUGUGUGUGUGUGUGUGAGAGAGAGAGAGAGAGAGAGAGAGAGAGAGAGAGAGAGAGAGAGAGAGAGAGAGAGAGAGAGAGAGAGAGAAUUGUUUAGGUUUAGUUUUUUCGAUGGCAGUGCUUGUGCAAAGUGCGGUUUGUGUACAUUGAUCAGUGUGUCAUAGUUCUUCCCUUGUAUUUUGAAUUACUAUCGGCAGUUUCUGAGCGCAUGGAGUGUAAAUGCAGCAGAGUGAUUCUGGCCCCCACAAGAUGGAAGGUGGAUUUUUUGUGAAAGGAGGCGAAACUGUAGAAUUCUGGUUGAUUCCCAGCGAUUGGAAUACCAGCACUGUAAACUGGACGGAAUUGGAGAUCUCCGUCCAUGGCCAUAUAAUGGU